AUGUUUAAUGGAAUUUUUCAAAUAUUAGACAGUUAUGAAACAAAUAUAAAAUACUGGAAUGGACCAGACAGUAUAAAUGAAAAAAAAUAUGAAGAAAGAGAACAUUUAAAACCAGGUCCUAAAAGAAAGCUGUCUAGAUACCAUGAAUAUACAGUUACUAUGAUAAGGAUCCGGCAAGCUCUACCAGAAAAAUUGUUGGCAGAUAUAUUUGGUGUUUCAAUUAGUAGAAUAUCUCAAAUAUUUACAACAUGGAUAUAUUAUAUGAAGUCUAUAUUAAAAGAUCUAGUAGUAUGGCCAUCCAAAGCUUUAAUUAAAAAGCAUAUGCCUGCAUCAUUUAAGAAAUUAUAUCCAAAUACCACAGCUGUAAUUGAUUGUACAGAAUUGUUUAUACAAAGGCCAAGGAAUCCAACAACUCAAGCUACAACAUUCAGUACUUACAAGUCCCAUAACACGUAUAAAUGCUUAGUCAGCAUAACUCCAAAUGGUAAUUUUAAUUAUAUUUCGGAUCUUUAUGGAGGCAACACAUCUGAUAGAUAUAUUACUGAACAUUCUGGGUUUCUUGAUUUAGUAUCAGCAGGAUAUGAAAUUAUGGCUGACCGCGGAUUCAGGAUAAGAGACCUUCUUCUUGAGAGAAGGGUUUAUUUAACUAUGCCCCCUUUUACUAGAAAAUGUUCAUGGGGAAAGGAAAACGUUUGA